AUGCUUGCAAGAACACUUGCAAUGGUAAAUCCUAUCAGAAAGGCUGGGUGCUUAAUUAUAGGUGAUGAAGUAUUAAAUGGUAAGAUACUCGACACAAAUCUGCAUGUUUUUGCCAAGUUUUGCUUCAAUGAGCUUUCAAUUCCCGUGAAAAAGACCAUUGUCUGUGGGGACGACUGUGACGAUAUCACCAACUCCCUUAACACAUUGAUCCACGAUGACUGUGAUUUCAUAGUCACCAGUGGCGGCAUUGGACCCACUCAUGACGAUAUAACCUAUGAGUCGAUUGCUCAUGCCUUUGGCGUCGAGUGUAAACGUGAUCAGCAAACUGUGGACAGAAUGCACUCACUUCGAACAGAGUAUCUAACGACAUUGACAGACCGCCGGCUCGCGGCGUUUUACCGCAUGGCCACGUUUCCCGUCGCCAGUGACACGGUGCUGGUGGACAAGAUUUAUACGGAUGACUCGCUUUGGGUUCCAGUGGUAGGUAUUAAUAGCCAGGUAUAUAUUUUGCCAGGAGUGCCGCAGUUGUUCGAGAAGCUUUUGUUGGGGUUGAAGGACUCGCUUAAAAGGCGGGUGGAUGUAGACCUGAGGUUGAAACGGUUCUACGUGAAGACCACAACAAAAGAGAGUGAAUUGGCCCCUUUUUUGGCAGAUCUACAGCUGCUGAGCAAUGCUACUUAUGGAGCUGGCUCCGUGAAAUUAGGCAGUUAUCCACACUUUGCCUGGGGAGUUAAUACCAUCAGCGUUAUAGGUGACAAGCACGUGAGUGUGGAGGCGUUAAGGGUGAUUGUGGCCGAUGUAGUGGGGAAUUUGGGUGGUGAGGCUAGAGAGAUCUCAGUUGAGGAAGAAGAGACAAUGACCACCACCAGUCCUCAGAAAUAAUACUACAGUCUCUUAAAUAAAAUACUAUUACUCUAUGCACUACAACUUGGAACUAAGCAAUGCAGUCAACUCCUCGAUGGCCUUGUCAACUCCGCCAACAUUGUCACCCAUACCUUGGAUGGUGUUACCCUUUCCACCAGCCUUACCUCCGAUAUUGGAAGAAACAGCCACUCCCAAAUCAGUGACAUUAAUUCCCUUUUCAAGAGCGUCGUUGGAAAUGUAACAUCCAUGGGCAACUUUGUCCUUGCCGGUGAACAAGUAAAUGGAUUUUUCAGGAUGCAGUUUCUUGAUCAAAUUAAGACCUUCGGCAAUAGCUUUUGCAUUGGAGUUAAUGGGGACAUGGCUGACCAAAAAGUUCUUGGCUUCUUUGUCUUGCAACCACUCAUUCACAACAUCCAUCACUUUCUUGGUUUCUUCCUUUUGGAUCGCCUUCAAGUUAUCUUUGAUGGCCUUGUCCAACUUGUUGAAUUUCUCAUUCAACUUCUGCUUUUCGGUGACAGAAAUGGAUAACUUCUUCAAAUUGACACCAAAGUCCUUGGCUCUAGACUCCUUAGCAGGUCCAAAUGGUAACGAGUUGAUCUCAUGUAAUUCCUUUUCGUUGUCGUGGGCAAUUUGUUGGACCCGGUGAGCCUCGGUGCCAGUCACCGCAACAAUUCUUCUAAUACCCUUAGCAAUACCACUUUCUUCGAUAAUCACCAAGUCCUUAAUAUCUCCUGUUUUGGUGACAUGGGUACCACCACAGAACUCAACCGAAAAAUGGUACCAGUCUUUGUUGUCGGGGUUGGAUAACAAGUCGUCGACUGACUUUCCAAUCGAAACCACUCUCACAGGGUCUGGGUAAGUUUCACCAAACACAGCUCUCAAGCCAUAGAUUUGCUUAGCAUCGGCCAAAGACACCUCCUUGGCGUAAACUUGUUUGUUGGCCUUGAUGUACUCAUUAGAGAUAUCUUCGACCUUGGAGACUUCUUCUGGUUUCAAAGCCUGUUUAUGACUAAAGUCGAAUCUCAACUUUUCAGGUGCAACCAAGGAACCCUUCUGGUCAACUGAGUUACCCAAUACUUCCCUCAAAGCAUAGUUCAAUACGUGUGUACCGGUAUGGUUGUUUCUAAUUGGCCAUCUUCUCAACUCGUCGUAUCCAGCAAUCACUUCAUCUCCAACCUUGAUGCUUCCUUCCACCAAAUUACCCGUGUGCAACACAUAACCAGCGUAAACCUGGACAUUCUCAACAUUGAACUCUGCCUGGCCGUCUAUAACAAACUUACCUGUAUCGUAUUCCUGACCACCUUGUUCAGCAUAGAAUGGAGUUCUGUCCAAAAGAAUACCAUAUUGCUUGGAAGUCGUAUCAGAAACAACUUCAACAAACCCGGCACCAUCGUAGAUAGCCACCACCUUGGCUUUAAUAUUGUCUAAACCGUACUUGUAGGAGUCGUCAGUUUUAGGAAUAGAGUCAUUGGAAUCCAACUCCGAAAGUGCAUG